AUGAUUUUUUUAUCCUCUUUAUUCAUAAGUUUGUAUGCUUAGGCAAUACAUUCAAAUUACAAUGUAAUUCUGACCUAAGGAGAAACUUAUUCACUUUACAUGAAAGAAUUAUUUAAAAAUUAAAUACAAAAUUUCAGUAUUAAAGAUUGCCCUAACAAUGUGUAUUUAAUUAAUGGAGUAAAUAAAUUAUCUGAAUAGAAUAACAGUAUUAUUAUAUUUAUUAUUGAGAUUAAACAUUUAUAUCAAUAUCCUCCACAUCCUCAUUAUUCUUACUAAUUACUUAAGCGAAUACAUUGAAUAUUUAUAAAUGGAAUUAUACAUAUAUGAAUUCUACAUAUGUAAAUCUAAUAAAUUAAGUGGAAUUACCAUAACAAAUUUGUUUAAAUUCGAUAUUAUUAUAAGAGAAUUCAAUAAUAAUUGACUGCUACAAUUUGACUAAUUUAAAUAUUUAUAUUUAUAGAGACAAUGUUUGGACUAUUGUUUAUUCUAAUUUAGUUGAAUAAAUACCAUAAAAAACAGACCUUAAAUCAUUUAAUAGUAAUUCAAUUAAUUCUAUUCUUUAUGCAUAAUAUUAUGAUGACUAUCAAAUUUUAACCUAAUUUUAAUUUAGUCAAAAUUUAUUAUAAAAUAUAUCCACUUGGAUAAAACCAUUUAUUAACUUUAUAGUUUCUGAUAAACUACAAUCUUAGAAUACAAUUUAUCUAUGGAAUAAUAAUUAUAUAUAUCUAUUAAAUCUUACUUAAUAAGGGUUGAACUUAACAUAUAAUUAUUCAUCUUUUUCUUAAAAUAUAAUAGCAGUUUAAAUAUUCAAUCCGUAAAGAAUAUUUUAUGAAUGUGAUAUUUUAUUAAUAAUCACAAAGGAAACGACUUAUAAAUAUAUAUUUUGUAACUAGACAUUACCUUAUUCAUAUAGAUAUUUUAGCUGGUACAAAUAAUCAUAUCUUAAUACAUACAUUAACCAAGUUUUCUUGAGUAAUUAGUUCUUAAUUUUAUAAUUAUUUGAUUUAAUUGAGAUUUAUGAAAUUAUAGAUUUGGAUUUUAAUUUAAUAGGAGGAUUUAAAAUAAAUUCUUCAUCUACUCAAAUAUCGUUUGAUUAUAAUAGCAAUGUGUUAUUUAUAUUCAGUGAUACUUAGAUUUUAACAUAUUUGGUAGAUUAUCCUUAGAUAAAAUUCAUUGCUGAAUAGAAUUAAUCAAAUUAUCAAUUUACUAUUAUAGGAAUUCCAUAUUAGAUAAAUUAAACUGAUGAUUAUUAAUGUUAAAAUUGUACGGUAGAAUUAAAUGUUAGUGUUCUUCCAAUUAAUGAUAAUUAAACAUAUUUAAUUUAUAAUGAGACUAGUAAACAAAGUUAAAUAAUUUUUAAGAGUCAAAAUUUAAACUACUACUUCACAGAAUUCUCAGGUUCUCUGUUGACUGCAAAUUUCUCUGUAGAAAAUUCCACUUUGGGGAACUUUAAUGAUAUAACAUUUUAAAAUGUAAAUGUAAGCUUCAUAAAUUAAUAAUCAUUUCAAAACUUUUAAAUUUUGAAUAUGUAUAAAGCUAUUGGAAUAACAAACUAAACUAUUUAUUUAUGUUAAAAGUUCGAUGAUUAUGAUCUUCAAUAUGAAUGUUACGAGAUUAAUAAAACUUAAUCAUAAAUUAACAUUAAGAAUAAUCAAAUUUAAGGUUAUUCCUAUUUAAAUUAUUAUUUAGCUUAUUCCUAUAGUUUUGGAGUUUAAAUUAAUAAAUAACAAUUAUAUCUAUGUAUUAAUUGUUAAUCUUAUUCAAAUUCACCAUAUAUUUUAAAUUUUGAAGCCUUCUAAUAAUUCUAUUUGCUAUUUCAAUAGAUUGUACUUUUGCUUGAAUCAAAAGUAAUAUAAAUUUGCAGUUUUAGUGGAAAUUGUUCAAAUUUAAUAAUUAAUAAUUAUAGUUUUAUUCCAGUUGGUAUAGUAUUAAAUUAAUAAUAAUUUUCAUCAACUUUAUUUAUUAAUAACAAUUAAAGAAGCAUUAUUAUUGGAUAAAUAACAUAAUCUAAUAAUUAUAUUAUUAACAGUAUAAUAAAUGUUACAAUUCAGGUUUAGGAUAUUAAAAUUGUAAAUAAUCGUUUAAUAUUAAGUUAUAAUUGUUAAAAAAUUAAAUUUAUUUGUUUUUAAGUUUGGAAUGUUCAAAAUUUGAACUUUCCAUUUCUAGAAAAGAAUUUAAAAAGUAUUUAGAAUACAAAUAAUAUUCAAUUUUUUGCUGAUAAUCUUCUUUAUUAUGUUUAGACUAAUAAUUAAAUCUAUGUUUAUAAUCCUAUUAUGCUUGAACAUUCUUCAUUAUUUUAUACAUUUAACUAUACUGGAUCCUAUUUUACAACUUACUCUUAAGAUGUAGCUUUUAUUUCAUUCAAUUCUUAAAUAUAUCAGUUAUCUCCACUUUUAAUUUACUCUUAUCAGUCUACGUAAAAUAAUACAAUCCUUAAUGAAAUAAGUUCGUGGUCUAAUAUAUAUAAUUCUUCAGUUUAAUCUUAAAUUGGAACUUAAAAUGUCUUCAAUAAUCCUGUAAAUUAAACAAUCAUCAUUUUGAAUGAUUUUUUGAAUAUUUCAUAGAAUAAUAAUAAUAAUACACCGUAUCAUGUGUCAGAAAGUCCUGUAAUAUUAACAAAAAAUAAUAUAACUUCUAGUGGAUAAAUUGGAUGGUUUGAUAUAAAUUGUACAAACUCUAAAUCCUAGGUUAUCAAUAUUUUGAAUUAAACAAAUUUUACUUCUAUUAAUUGCUAAAUAAUUACAGUUUUUAAUUAAUAAAUAUUAUGCACCAAUUCUUCAAAUAACGAUAGAACCUCUAGUUAUUAAAAUUACUCUUUAUAACUUUUUAAUAUGACCUCAGAAGGUAAAUUUAUUUAAGCAUCAAAUAAGGAGUAUAAAGAAUUGUAAUAAUGUAUUAAGAUUAAUGCCCAAAUGAAUGCUAGUUAUAUAUUUAUUAAUUGUUAUCAAUAAAAUUUGUUAGGUUAUUAAGAAAAUGACUUAUUUAGGAUCAAUAUAACAAAUUAAUCUUUAGGUAAUAUUACCUAUUUGACUAGACUCAAUUAAUUAAAUGUGAGAAAUUUUAUACUUUAAGAUGAUAUAUUAUACAUCUCUGGUUACUAUCAUAUUACAAUCUAUGAUACAUCUUUGAAUAUUUCUUAAAGUAUCCUAAAAAAAUGUUAGAUGCCUAAUUUUUAACCCUUUGUUUUUUAUCAAUCAAAUUAAUCUUUUUAUGCAAUAAUUUAUAUAUGUUAAAAUGAUCCAAAAUUAUAUUAUUAAUUAGGUAGGCGUUAUCAACAAGAAAAUAUAACUUUUAUUUCACCUAAACAUUUAUAAAUAUAAGAUUACUUUUAAUUUGAUUCAUACCUUGUUGGAAUUUAAAUAGUUAAACAAUAAAUAAACUAAUUUGCAAUUAUGUGCUUUAUUAAACAGUUCAAUAUUAUUAUCAAAUUAGAAUAUGUAAUUGAUUAAAUGGAUUUUUCACAAUCUUGUCUAAAAUUUAAACGAUUAUUGUAAUAUUCUCCUCCAAUAAUGGCUAAUAAUUCAUAUAGAUUUGUUGAUGCAGUAAUUUCUAAUGAUUUAGUUUUUGUAAAUUAUCAAAACAAAAUCAACAUCUAUUAUUAUCAUUCAUUAUCGAUUCUUUACAAUGUUUCUGAUUUCAAUAUAAGAAAUUAUGAUUCCCAAUAUUUACUUACAGGAGCUAUAAAUUAGUAAUAGAUAUAAUAGAUGAUACAAUUACCACUUAUUUUAACAUUUAAUAGUUCGUAUGGAUUCUUGUUAAACUCCAAUUAUUAUCAAACUUAAUAUAAAAUUAGUAGCUUAAAAAUUGAAAUUUAUCUUUAAAGCUUAACUGAUACAUGCAAUUUAACUGCUUAUAAUUUUGUGAAUUAAAUGAUCGCAAAUUAUACUUUUCACUAUAAGUCUUAAACAGAUUUGGGAUUUGAAUAUGCACUAAUAGCAUUAUUAAUUAUAGUCUUUAUAGCAGCAACAAUACUAAUUUGGUAUAGGACAAAAGAUUAGAAAGAAUAAUUUGGGUUAGAAGAAUUUGAAGAAUUAGAGAUUGAAACAUUCUAAUGA